UUAUCUGCUGGUUCUAUUUACUUGGCAGGAAUUCCAUGCCUGUUAUGCAGCCUUUUAUCAUAUCAGGGAUUACACAUUUACCACCCAGCACAUUAAAUAAGGAAUCAAAUUUAGGCAGUGGCACAGAUCAUUUGAAGGUGUGGAGUGGACGCCAGUGCUGCUGUGCUGCUGUGGGUUUCCUUCCCUGGAGGCACUCGCCUGAUCUGUGCAGGAAUGGCCCCAGGGCUCAGUGCUUCUCCAUCAGUUGUAGUUCUGCUCCUGUCCCUGCUGGGUCUGGCUGCUGCUGGGAAGCUCCUGGUGGUGCACGUGGACGGGAGCCCCUGGUUCAGUGUGCAGAAAGUGCUGGAGAUGCUGAAGCAGAAGGGGCACGAGGUGGUCGUGGUGGCCCCUGAAGUCUCCCUGCAUGUCAAGCCAUCCAAGAAGUUUGAGAUGAAAAUGUACUCAGUCCCAUUCACACAGGAAGAGUUUGAUAAAGAAUUCAGUGCGUAUUUUCAUGUUGUAUUUGAAGAAGGAUCUUUUAUUGAAAGAUUUUUUAAAGUAUUUGAAAUGACGAGAAGAGUCACUGAUUAUUGGGUCUCCAGCUGUGAACAGCUCUUUAAAAAUGAAGAACUCAUCAAGGACCUUGAGGAAACCAAGUUUGAUGCUGUCCUUACAGACCCUGUGCUACCCUGUGGCGCAAUCCUUGCUGAGCGUCUUUCACUUCCUGCCAUAUUUUUCUACCUAUUAGUCCCGUGUGAGUUAGAAUUUGCAGCCACUCAGUGUCCCAAUCCUCCUUCCUAUGUGCCCAGGGCAUUUUCAGACAAUGCAGACCACAUGACCUUUUUCCAGCGAGUGAUGAAUCUGCUCUAUGACAUCCCAGAUAUUUUUCUCUGUGGUUUUACUGUUAAUCCCUACUCAAAACUGGCUUCCGAGGUCCUGCAGCGAGAGGUGACUGUGCUGGAUCUCUUACGGAAGGGCUCUCUUUGGCUCUACAGGUUAGAUUUUGUGCUCGACUAUCCAAGACCCUUGAUGCCAAACAUCAUUCCAAUUGGAGGACUAAACUGUGCUCAGAAGAAGCACAAGGAGCUGCCUCAGGUGGGUCUGGUUUAAAUCCAUGCCUUGAUUG